GCAAAGAGACUCUGGUAGUUGGGCAGAUUGUAUUCUCCCCUCUUGGAAUUCCGCUCACAGAGGCCUUCCCGUCGUGGUCUGCCGCGCAGGGACACGCCGGUGCCGCCGAGGAUAACGAGGGCGGGGGGCUGGAGGCGGGCGGGGUGGGGGUGGGGGACGCGGCGCCGGCGGCGGGGCGCGAGGGGGUGUGUCCGCGCCCCGGCCCGCCCGCCCCCCCUCCCGCCCUCCCCGGGGGCGCCCCGCGCGGCCCCUCACCCCCGCCCCUCGCCGGGCCCGCCGCCUCGCCUCGCUCCCCUUGACGUCAUGUGGGCAGCAGGCUGGCUCGCGCGGCGCGGCCGAGGGCCCGAGCGGGUGCUCAACUUCGGGCUCAAGUCCGCGCGGUGCGCCCUGAGCCGUGCGCCCGGCUCCCCGCGCGCCGCCGCCGCCGCCACAUCUGGAAGCGUUCAGCGCGUCUGCCUCCAGCGCGCCGGGCGGGCGGGCGGGCGCGGGCAGGGGAGGGCGCGGGCGCGGCGGGGCUGGGCUGGGCGGCAGUGAGCGCGGCGCUCUCUCGCGCGCCCGGUGUCUCCCUCUCCCUGCCUCUGCAGAAACAGCUCCCUGCCAGAACGGCGCUCGGCGCGGCGCGGCCCGGAGCGGCGGCGGCGCCUCUUCCUGCCUGCUAGCCCUCAGGAGUUGCUGGAUCUUUUUGACAGAAAAAAGCCGACAGGGGCCUCGAGGAGGACUCGCCACGAGCGGGCAGAGACGGUUCGGCCCCCUGCUGGCCCGGGCGGACCCCUCUCCCCCCGUCCAGGGGUCCGCUGCUCCCCCACUCCCCUCCUUUCCACCUCUUCUCGCUCUGCCUCUCUCGAUUUAUUUUUUCGAACGGUGUAGCCGCCAGAGGUGCGGUGCUAAAUUCUUGGAAGGGGCCCGGAUGUACUGAGGAUGCAUUACAAUUUCACAAAAGGAGGCAGUAGUGGAAAGGAGCAGUUUUUGGUGUUUGAUGCAAUAAUGGGAAUCAGGUAAUCCUCAGAAGGGAAGAAGAAAAUACUGCAGAUCCACGGCUUCCUUGAAUUUGCACGAAAGCCGCCGACCUCGGAGGAGGGAUUAAUCCAGACCCGCUUGGGGGUGUUUGGCCAUUUCUUCCUCUUUGUGGCUUCUUCUCCUUUUAAAACAAUUUUUGGUCAAUGGUCAAUGAGAACACGAGGAUGUACAUUCCAGAGGAAAACCACCAAGGUUCCAACUAUGGGAGCCCGCGCGCAGCUCACGCCAACAUGAAUGCCAAUGCGGCUGCGGGGCUCGCCCCCGAGCACAUCCCAACGCCCGGGGCAGCCUUGUCCUGGCAGGCAGCCAUCGACGCGGCCCGGCAGGCUAAGCUGAUGGGCAGCGCUGGCAAUGCAACCAUCUCCACCAUCAGCUCCACACAGCGGAAGCGGCAGCAAUAUGGGAAACCCAAGAAGCAGGGCAGCACGACCGCCACACGCCCGCCCCGCGCCCUGCUCUGCCUGACUCUGAAGAACCCCAUCAGGAGGGCGUGCAUCAGCAUCGUCGAAUGGAAAUAUCCUUUACCAUUUGAAAUAAUUAUUUUACUGACUAUUUUUGCCAAUUGUGUGGCCUUAGCGAUCUAUAUUCCCUUUCCAGAAGAUGACUCCAAUGCCACCAAUUCCAACCUGGAACGAGUGGAAUAUCUCUUUCUCAUAAUUUUUACUGUGGAAGCAUUUUUAAAAGUAAUAGCCUAUGGACUUCUCUUUCACCCCAACGCUUACCUCCGCAAUGGCUGGAAUUUACUAGAUUUUAUAAUUGUGGUUGUAGGGCUUUUUAGUGCAAUUUUAGAACAAGCCACCAAAGCCGACGGGGCAAAUGCUCUAGGAGGGAAAGGAGCUGGAUUUGAUGUGAAGGCACUGAGGGCAUUCCGCGUGCUGCGCCCUUUGCGGCUGGUGUCUGGAGUCCCAAGUCUCCAAGUCGUUCUGAAUUCCAUUAUCAAGGCCAUGGUCCCCCUGCUGCAUAUUGCCCUGUUAGUGCUAUUUGUCAUCAUCAUCUACGCUAUCAUUGGCCUGGAGCUCUUCAUGGGAAAGAUGCAUAAGACCUGCUACAACCAGGAGGGCAUAGCAGAUGUUCCAGCAGAAGAUGAUCCUUCCCCUUGUGCUCUGGAGACUGGCCAUGGGCGGCAGUGCCAGAAUGGCACUGUGUGCAAGCCUGGCUGGGACGGGCCCAAGCACGGCAUCACCAACUUUGACAAUUUUGCCUUCGCCAUGUUGACAGUGUUCCAGUGCAUCACCAUGGAGGGCUGGACAGAUGUGCUAUACUGGGUCAAUGAUGCCGUAGGAAGGGACUGGCCCUGGAUCUAUUUUGUUACACUUAUCAUCAUAGGGUCAUUUUUUGUACUUAACUUGGUUCUCGGUGUUCUUAGCGGAGAGUUUUCCAAAGAGAGAGAGAAGGCCAAGGCUCGGGGAGACUUCCAGAAGCUGCGAGAGAAGCAGCAGCUGGAAGAGGACCUGAAGGGCUACCUGGACUGGAUCACCCAGGCAGAGGACAUCGACCCUGAGAACGAGGACGAAGGCAUGGAUGAGGAGAAGCCCCGAAACAUGAGCAUGCCCACAAGUGAGACCGAGUCUGUCAACACCGAAAACGUGGCUGGAGGUGACAUCGAGGGAGAGAACUGCGGGGCCAGGCUGGCCCAUCGGAUUUCCAAAUCAAAGUUCAGCCGCUACUGGCGUCGGUGGAAUCGGUUCUGCAGAAGAAAGUGUCGUGCUGCAGUCAAGUCUAAUGUCUUCUACUGGCUUGUGAUCUUCCUGGUGUUCCUCAACACACUCACCAUCGCCUCAGAACAUUACAACCAGCCCCACUGGCUCACGGAGGUCCAAGACACGGCCAACAAGGCACUACUGGCCCUUUUCACUGCGGAGAUGCUGCUAAAGAUGUACAGCCUGGGCCUGCAGGCCUACUUUGUGUCCCUCUUCAACCGCUUUGACUGCUUCAUCGUGUGUGGGGGCAUUCUGGAGACCAUCCUGGUGGAGACCAAGAUCAUGUCUCCCUUGGGCAUCUCUGUACUGAGAUGUGUCCGGCUACUGCGGAUAUUUAAAAUCACAAGGUACUGGAACUCCUUAAGCAACCUGGUGGCAUCCUUGCUGAAUUCUGUGCGCUCCAUUGCCUCCCUGCUGCUACUCCUCUUCCUCUUCAUCAUCAUCUUUUCCCUCCUGGGGAUGCAGCUCUUUGGAGGAAAGUUCAACUUUGAUGAGAUGCAGACUCGGAGGAGCACAUUUGAUAACUUUCCUCAGUCCCUCCUCACCGUGUUUCAGAUCCUGACCGGGGAGGACUGGAAUUCGGUGAUGUAUGAUGGGAUCAUGGCUUAUGGCGGCCCCUCUUUUCCAGGGAUGUUAGUCUGUAUUUACUUCAUCAUCCUCUUCAUCUGUGGAAACUAUAUCCUACUGAAUGUGUUCUUGGCCAUUGCUGUGGACAACCUGGCUGAUGCUGAGAGCCUCACAUCUGCCCAAAAGGAGGAGGAAGAAGAGAAGGAGAGAAAGAAGCUGGCCAGGACUGCCAGCCCAGAGAAAAAGCAAGAGAUAAUGGAAAAGCCAGCUGUGGAGGAAACCAAGGAGGAGAAAAUUGAGCUGAAAUCCAUUACAGCUGAUGGAGAGUCCCCACCCACCACCAAGAUCAACAUGGAUGACCUCCAGCCCAAUGAAAAUGAAGAUAAGAGUCCCUACCCCAACCCAGAAAAUACAGGAGAAGACGAUGAAGAGGAGCCUGAGAUGCCUGUGGGCCCCCGCCCACGACCACUCUCUGAGCUGCACCUUAAGGAAAAGGCAGUGCCCAUGCCAGAAGCCAGUGCAUUUUUCAUCUUCAGCCCCAACAACAGAUUUCGCCUCCAGUGCCACCGCAUUGUCAAUGACACGAUCUUCACCAACCUGAUCCUCUUCUUCAUUCUGCUCAGCAGCAUUUCCCUGGCAGCUGAGGACCCUGUCCAGCACACCUCCUUCAGGAACCAUAUUCUGUUUUAUUUUGACAUUGUUUUCACUACCAUUUUCACCAUUGAAAUUGCUCUGAAGAUCCUAGGCAAUGCAGACUAUGUCUUCACUAGUAUCUUUACAUUAGAAAUUAUCCUUAAGAUGACUGCUUAUGGGGCUUUCCUACACAAGGGCUCUUUCUGCCGGAACUACUUCAACAUCUUGGACCUGCUGGUGGUCAGCGUGUCCCUCAUCUCCUUUGGCAUCCAGUCCAGUGCAAUUAAUGUGGUGAAGAUCUUGCGAGUUCUGCGAGUCCUCAGGCCCCUGAGGGCCAUCAACAGGGCCAAGGGGCUAAAGCACGUGGUCCAGUGCGUGUUUGUCGCCAUCCGGACCAUAGGGAAUAUCGUGAUUGUCACCACGCUGCUCCAGUUCAUGUUCGCCUGCAUCGGGGUCCAGCUUUUCAAGGGAAAGCUCUACACCUGUUCAGAUAGUUCCAAGCAGACCGAGGCGGAAUGCAAGGGUAACUACAUCACAUACAAGGAUGGGGAAGUUGACCACCCCAUCAUCCAGCCUCGCAGCUGGGAAAACAGCAAGUUUGACUUUGACAAUGUUCUGGCAGCCAUGAUGGCGCUCUUUACCGUCUCCACUUUUGAGGGGUGGCCAGAGCUGCUGUACCGCUCCAUCGACUCCCACACAGAAGACAAGGGCCCCAUCUACAACUACCGUGUGGAGAUCUCCAUCUUUUUCAUCAUCUACAUCAUCAUCAUUGCCUUCUUCAUGAUGAACAUCUUCGUGGGUUUUGUCAUCGUCACCUUCCAGGAGCAGGGGGAGCAGGAAUACAAGAACUGUGAACUGGACAAGAACCAGCGACAGUGUGUCGAAUAUGCCCUCAAGGCCCGGCCCCUGCGGAGGUACAUCCCCAAAAACCAGCACCAGUACAAAGUGUGGUAUGUGGUCAACUCCACCUACUUUGAAUACCUGAUGUUCGUCCUCAUCCUGCUCAACACCAUCUGCUUGGCAAUGCAGCACUAUGGCCAGAGCUGCCUAUUCAAAAUCGCCAUGAACAUCCUCAACAUGCUCUUCACUGGCCUCUUCACUGUGGAGAUGAUUCUGAAGCUCAUUGCCUUCAAACCCAAGGGUUACUUUAGUGAUCCCUGGAAUGUUUUUGACUUCCUCAUCGUAAUUGGCAGCAUAAUUGACGUCAUUCUCAGUGAAACUAAUCACUAUUUCUGUGAUGCAUGGAAUACAUUUGACGCCUUGAUUGUUGUGGGUAGCAUUGUUGAUAUAGCAAUCACCGAGGUAAACCCAGCUGAACAUACCCAAUGCUCUCCCUUUAUGAACGCAGAGGAGAACUCCCGCAUCUCCAUCACCUUCUUCCGCCUCUUCCGGGUCAUGCGCCUGGUCAAGCUGCUGAGCCGUGGGGAGGGCAUCCGGACCCUGCUGUGGACCUUCAUCAAGUCCUUCCAGGCUUUGCCCUAUGUGGCCCUUCUGAUAGUGAUGCUGUUCUUCAUCUACGCAGUGAUCGGGAUGCAGGUGUUUGGGAAAAUUGCCCUGAAUGACACCACAGAGAUCAACCGGAACAACAACUUUCAGACCUUCCCCCAAGCUGUGCUCCUUCUCUUCAGGUGUGCCACAGGGGAGGCAUGGCAAGACAUCAUGCUGGCCUGCAUGCCAGGGAAGAAGUGUGCCCCCGAGUCAGAGCCCAGCAACAGCACGGAAGGGGAAACGCCCUGUGGCAGCAGUUUUGCCGUCUUCUACUUCAUCAGCUUCUACAUGCUCUGUGCCUUCCUGAUCAUCAACCUCUUUGUAGCUGUCAUCAUGGACAACUUUGACUACCUGACAAGAGACUGGUCAAUCCUUGGUCCCCAUCAUCUGGAUGAAUUUAAAAGAAUCUGGGCAGAGUAUGAUCCUGAAGCUAAGGGUCGUAUCAAACACCUAGAUGUGGUGACCCUGCUCCGGCGGAUUCAGCCCCCACUGGGUUUUGGGAAGCUGUGCCCUCACCGCGUGGCUUGCAAACGCCUGGUCUCCAUGAACAUGCCUCUGAACAGUGAUGGGACUGUCAUGUUCAAUGCCACCCUGUUUGCCCUAGUCCGGACAGCCCUGCGGAUCAAAACAGAAGGGAACCUAGAACAAGCCAAUGAGGAGCUGCGGGCCAUAAUCAAGAAGAUCUGGAAGCGUACCAGCAUGAAGCUGCUAGACCAAGUGGUGCCCCCUGCAGGUGAUGAUGAGGUCACCGUUGGCAAGUUUUAUGCUACUUUCCUGAUCCAAGAGUACUUCCGGAAAUUCAAGAAGCGCAAAGAGCAGGGCCUUGUGGGCAAGCCUUCCCAAAGGAACGCCCUGUCCUUGCAGGCUGGCUUGCGCACGCUGCAUGACAUUGGGCCUGAGAUCCGACGGGCCAUCUCUGGAGAUCUGACAGCUGAGGAGGAGCUGGACAAGGCCAUGAAGGAGGCUGUGUCUGCUGCCUCCGAAGAUGACAUCUUCAGGAGGGCCGGUGGCCUGUUCGGCAACCACGUCAGCUACUACCAAAGCGACGGCCGGAGCGCCUUCCCCCAGACCUUCACCACCCAGCGCCCACUGCACAUCAACAAGGCGGGUAACAGCCAAGGCGACACCGAGUCGCCAUCCCACGAGAAACUGGUGGACUCCACCUUCACCCCCAGCAGCUACUCGUCCACUGGCUCCAACGCCAACAUCAACAAUGCCAACAACACUGCCCUGGGCCGCUUCCCCCGUCCCGCUGGCUACCCCAGCGCAGUCAGCACCGUGGAGGGCCAUGGGCCCCCCUUGUCUCCUGCUGUCCGGGUACAGGAGGCAGCAUGGAAGCUCAGCUCCAAGAGGUGCCACUCCCGGGAGAGCCAGAUAGCCAUGGUGUGUCAGGAGGAGGUCUCUCAGGACGAGACCUAUGACGUGAAGAUAAGUGAAGACACUGAGUACUGCAGCGAGCCCAGCCUGAUCUCCACAGAGAUGCUCUCCUAUCAGGAUGAUGAAAAUCGGCAAUUAACACCACCAGAGGAGGACAAAAGAGAUAUCCGGCAAUCUCCAAAGAGGGGCUUCCUCCGCUCUGCCUCACUAGGUCGAAGGGCCUCCUUCCACCUGGAAUGUCUGAAGCGACAGAAGAAUCAAGGGGGAGACAUCUCUCAGAAGACAGUCCUGCCCUUGCAUCUGGUUCAUCAUCAGGCAUUGGCGGUGGCAGGCCUGAGCCCCCUCCUCCAGAGAAGCCAUUCCCCCAGCACAUCCCCCAGGCCCUGUGCCACCCCACCAGCCACUCCAGGCAGCCGAGGCUGGCCCCCACAGCCUAUCCCCACCCUGCGGCUGGAGGGUGCCGAAUCCAGCGAGAAACUCAACAGCAGCUUCCCGUCCAUCCACUGCAGCUCCUGGUCUGGGGAGCCCACACCCUGUGGUGGAGGUGGCAGCACCAUCCGGAGAGCCCGGCCAGUGUCCCUCACUGUACCUGGCCAGGCUGGGGCCCAGGGCAGGCAGUUCCACGGCAGUGCCAGCAGCCUGGUAGAAGCGGUCUUGAUUUCAGAAGGACUGGGGCAGUUUGCUCAAGAUCCCAAGUUUAUUGAGGUCACAACCCAGGAGCUGGCUGACGCCUGUGACAUGACCAUAGAGGAGAUGGAGAACGCCGCAGACAACAUCCUCAGUGGGGGCGCCCAGCAGAGCCCCAAUGGCACCCUACUACCUUUCGUUAACUGCAGGGACCCAGGGCAGGACAGAGCAGAGGGCCAAGAGGGCGAGACCUGCGCGCCCACCCUGGCGUGUCGGAAGAGCGAGGAGGAGCUCCAGGACAGCAGAGCCCACGUCGGCAGCCUGUAGUAGCUAGGGCUGGGGAGACGCUGGGUUUUUUAUUUGUUUCAAUGUUCCUAAUGGGUUCGUUUCAGAAGUGCCUCACUGUUCUCGUGACCUGGAGUUAACCGGAACAGCGUCUUCAUUCAUUUCGUUGGGACAAGACGCAGAGUUGGGUGGUGGUGGAGAGCCAGUUUUUCGGGGGCAUGGAAGGCAGCAAUCCCAGUUUGUGUUGUGUGCACAGAGGUAGAGUGGUGAGGAGGAGUGGAAGAAUCAGGGAGGGAGAGCAAGAGAAGAGACGCCUGCCCUCGCCUCCGGGCAUGAAAGAGAACCUCAGCUUCCUGCGGUAGCCCUCACCAAAAGGACCCUAUGUCAAACGGGUGUCAACUUUGCUUGUUAAAAAAAAAAAAAAAAAAAAAUCAUUUUGCACAUAUUCUGUAUGAGCCUCACUGUCUCCAUAGAGCCAGGGCCCUGUGGAUUUGCAGAAGGAAGCAGGGGUAGGACUUCAGCGAGGACCCAGCCCCAUCCCAGAGAGGGAGGAGGAACAGCAGGAGGCUGCAGGAGCUCGGGAACCCGGAGCGGCUGGCGAGGGGUGCGUGGCAGCCUCACCGCCGAGGCCCCGGCCACGCCCACUCGUCUGCGUCAGGCUCACCUUGCCUGCCCUGUGCUCCCAGCUCCAGAAUGGCGGCUGGGCCUGCGUUGGCGGGGAGGGGCAGCUGGCGCUGCCUGCCAGGGAAGGGGAAGCCAGUUCUUGACGCGACGAGGUGGUGCUGAGCUUCUGUUGAGCGCUCUUUUGUUUUGUGAUUUGACAUAUUUCUUGAUAGCAUGUUGCAGUUUUCGUUUUUUUGGUUUUUAUUUUCAUUUUGUUUUCCCAGGGGGAGGGGAGGAAGAAGUGUUUACAAAGCUUUGUAGCCACCCACCUUACUGUUUUCACUUUUGCAAAUGUAAAUCGGGUUUGGUUUUACUGUAUUAUUUAAACGAUUGUGGUUUUCUUUUUCUACGGUGGGUUCUGUGGAGCCGCUGUAGUCCGAGUUUUACCAGCCAUUGUGUAUGCGCAAUAAUUUGUUAUAAUUUCCGUAGGUAGUAACAACAAUUUUUUGGGUUUGGUUUUAUAAUUUAAAGUAAUGCACUUGAUGUGGUCUUGCACAGAUGGGUGAUUGAGUUGGGUUCUUUUUAAUGCUGGGUGUAUCCGUGGGUGCCAGAGAGCGGAAGCACGGAUGAGAGAGUCUCUGUGAGUGUGUGUGCUACGUGUGUGUGUGUGUGUGUGUGUGUGUGUAGUGGGUUGUCUAGGCACAUGUCCUACGUGUGUAUGUGCACCCAUGCAGUGCGCCCAUGCGUGAAUGAGUGUGUCGCUCCCCCUUUCUGGUCUAACUGUGGGGAGAUCUGAAUCUGGGGCCAUUUGAAAGCAAAAACAAACCACUGUCUCUGCUUCUGAAACGGGAAUCAGUAACUCUUUGCAUUUUCUGUCCCACAAGAUAUGCAAAAACAAUGCAAUAAUAUUCAUUUUAAAAAUACAAUUGUGAGUUGUGUUGGCAUUAAAACUGUAUUUAAAAAAAAACAGAGAAAUUUAAGGGAAAAACUCAAGAAGGCGUUUUGCUUCGAUAUAUUCCGUGUAAUGUUUUAUUGCAUUGAUAAUGUUUCUGUUGAAGAAACUGUUAUACUUGAAUUCAGGUCAGUUUCAGUAUUUUACAAAUAUUUUUUUAAAACUGAAUUGCAAUUGUGCCAAGCGAAUAUAAUGAAUUGAAUUAAGUUUGUUUUUGAAUUCACUUCUUGUAUAUUUUGCUGCAUGUAAGUAAAUCAUUUUGUAUUUGAAGUGUGACAAGCUUUACCCUUGAACUCUGAAGUGCUUUUCUAUAUGUGGUUGGGGGAAAGGGAACGAAUAUUCUUUUAAUUUUUACAAUGAGCAAAGGUAUCACCAGUGUAAAUCAUUACCCUGCGAUCCACAAACAGGUUUGGACAUUACUGUUUUGCAUAUCUUGUGUUCGCUUCCAUUUCCCUCAAUUUUUCCAAAACUAUAUAAGUAUAUUCGUACUACAUCUUGCUUUGAGAGACCAGGACAUGUCUUAUUCCUGUCUUCGUUCUAUCCACUCUGCUCCAGUUCUCUGAUUUGGACUUUCUCUAGGGACACUCCUUCACCAUGACGGGACAUCACCAGGCUGGCGUCAACGUCCCCCAUGGGAAAAGUGGCUGGCUUUUCUGUUCACUUUCACUGCACAAACUUUCCUCAGUGGUUUCCUCAGGAAAGCGUACACUGACUUGAGAGGAUGGAACUAGAGUCGGGCUGGUUGGAGGGAAGGGAGUCCUCCCCCUGGCAACUGCUCUACCCAAACUCAGACGGCAGGGGCCAGAGAACAGCAACCAGGUAAAAAUCUUUGUCCAUCCAAACGUCAGCUCUGUCUUAUUCACUUCAUCUCUUCCUCUCUGGAGCAGGAUUUCUUCCAGACCCACCCUCGUGUGUGUGGCAGCCAUGGAAGGGACCAGGACUGGGGAGGACGUGUCAGGAGUUCACAGUGAUAGUGGAACCAGAGACUUUGUGGGAGCAUCUCUUAUGCCCGUUUGUGUCUACCUAGAACAUCAUCCUAUUGGUGCUGUUUCCUUCAAAUAGAGUUCAACAAUGAUGGUUGAAAAGGAAGUGAUUUGGGGAAAACAGGACCCAACCAUUCAUCCAGGAUUUACUCAUUGAAUGUCUUCUGGUCCCAGUGUGCUCUCAGCCCUUAUAUGAGCAGCCUAGAAAUUAAAGUUGGAGAAAGUCCAUUACCCCAAUGAAGAUGAAUUUCACUUUCAAGGACUGAUUCAUGAAAAAGUGGAGAAAUGUGCCAGAUACUCCCAGGUUAACUUACUGUCUAGAAGCAGGAGGGUUUCUUCCUGUUUCUCCAAGCCCAACCCAUCCAAACAUUUUUGGUUUGUUUUCAGUGCUGUGAAGUCCUUCUAGAAAUUAGUUAGGUGUCAUCCUUUGUCUAGUUUCCCAAGAUGUCUGCCACUGUGCUGCUAAGAUUUUAAUUAUGAUGGAGAGGGGAGCCCUUUUGGAUUAAUACCUGGUUCUUGCUGUACAUUUGAUCCCUGGAUAGAAAUUUGGAAUCUUAAUUGACUACAUGCACACAAACACACACACAACAUACACACUCAGCCUUCCUGCUGCUUUUUUCCUUUUAGACUUCUUCUGCAUCACCAAAUCUCAUUAGUCAGCUGCAGAGGCUGCAGGCCGGGCUCAUGCCAGCUACCCCCAGGGCUGUGCCUAAGUAUGCCCCUUGCCCUUCACCACUCAUGCCUACAAGGUCCCUUCUUCUUUAUAGUCAUCUCUGUCAGAAGACCAGCUAGCCUUGCACCCUAUAGGGACAAUGUCAGCAGUGACAAGGGCAUCUGGCCCUAUGCCUCUAUGAAGGAAAGGAGUUUCAUAUGGGAGUUCCCUGUCUAGAGCCAUGAGUCUUUCUGGCAUGACCUCAUGGUCAAUUGGUAAAGGGCUGACAUAAGAUACUUGUCAUGACAGACUGGUUAAAUCAGUCAUGAAAUCCUGAACCUCAUCCAUUAGAUGUUUACCCUCCACCUAGAGCAGAACUUACCCCAUGACCUUGUAAAACAUAACUGUCAAAUCUGAGAACCCUUAAGUGGCAGGAGAAAGCUGCUAAUGGCUGAGGACCAACAGGACUUGAAGAAGUGCAAUGUAAGUUCUGGGGGCGGUGAACGCGAUUUUUAUUUGUCCUCUGAAUGGCCCAGACUCUUUUAUUUCCACACUUUGGCUUUUUAGGAGUCAUGUGUGUGAUUUUCAGUUGUCUCCUUUCUGUCUGUUUCUAGAAAGUUCUUUUUGGUCUUGAGCAGAAAGAGAAGAAUAUUUUCCUAGAUUUUGGCUUGAUCCAUGAAUUUUUCUCUGCUUUGCUUCACAGGCAAUUAGUUAUAGUCCCUCCCCUCACCUUCUAAGUCUGACAGGCUGCCCUCUGACUGGGAGGUCCAAGGACAAAGGAACAAGGCUUCCUUACUCUGUCUUUAUCC